CGCCUCGCAUUACUGGGAGACAGCGCCUAGCCGACCAGCAACUCCCGGAGACAGCCGACAGUCCCCACUCUCGAAUCCCGCCGCCGCCACCGUCGCCGUCGCCGUCGCCGUCAAUGGAUGAGCUGCGGCGGCCGCCCGAGUUCGACCACAUGUUCACGGACGAGGCGUGGGCCAGCAUGACCCAGGACACGCGGCGUCGGAUCGUCGACAUCUCGUGCCGGGUGGAAGAGGAGCCCACCGAAGAGGAGCGCCGCAUCCACGAUGAGCUCAUCGUCGGCGGCGGCAGCAUCAGUUACCCCCCCGACCCCUCCCUCCUCCCCGACGAUUUUGAGGGUCCAAUUGAGUCACUUGGCCGUCCGUGGAGGAUCUUCAUGGAUCCCGGUGCUGUUCGUGAGGUCUUGAAAUCCGCAGAAGAAUAUCACUGGCAAAUGGAGCGACGUGACAGGGAAGGGGUGCUGCAAGGGCUGCAUUACGCUGAAAGUGAUGGAUGUAGCACCUCUGGCACCGAGGAUGUGCUGCUAUUCGACCAGUUGAUGGGUGUAGUAGAAGAGCUCUCUGGGCGUGUAGCGACUAUGGAGAAGAAACAGGCUUCCUCCAUCGACAAAGUCAAAUACCUACGUGGAGAAAAUGGCAGGUUGCUGAAAAAAGUUGUUGAGCUGAAUGGCACUGUGAAGGGCUUGAAUUCUCAAAUAGACCCUUUACCCCGAGAUGAUUCAGUAAACCAGUUGAUUAAACAGUGUUUGGGUUCAGACGUCAUUUAUCUUGUUGGUGGUCUAGAUGACAUGUUUUGUCCAUCGUCACUAGGUUUCUCAUGCUUUUCGCCCUCCCUGGACGUACUAAUACCUAUGAAACCAAUGCCUGAUGAAAGGCUUUUUAAUUCUACUGUUGCCUUAGACAACAGAAUAUUUGUUCUGGGCGGUGCUGAUCAUCCGUAUGGAAGCAGCAUUGAUGCAGGUGCUGAUCAUUUUUAUGUUUACCUUCCCAAAAUCUCUCUGGUUGCCAUUUCUGCCCUAAUAUGUGCUUUUAAUCUUUAUCAUGAAGUUUGCUGUUAUGACACAACCUCUGAUGAUUGGACCCUAUGCCUACCAAUGAUCCGUGCAAAGGCAAACCUUGCCGGAGUUAGCUUGUGUGGGAAAAUCUAUGCAUUUGGUGGUGGAGAUGGUUCAAAAUCUUUUCAUGAUGUUGAGGUCUUCGAUCCUGCAUAUGGGAAGUGGAUAAAGAAUCAGCCUAUGCUGAGAAAGCGCUCUGCUCUAGCUGGUGUGGAACUCAAUGGUGCGAUUUAUGCGGUUGGUGGAUAUGAUGGUAUUGAAACUUGGAGCUGCGCUGAGAGACUUGAUCCUAGGGAACCUCACUGGAAAAUGCUCCCAAGCAUGAAUACACAAAGAUGCUUCCAUACGCUGGCAGUUCUUGAUGAGAAGAUAUACUCGAUUGGUGGUUACAAUCCUGAGGCUAGAGCAGGGGUGGCCACUGUUGAGCUGUACGACCCAAGGAUGCCAUCAUGGGUGGCAGUCAAACCAAUGAAGUAUUCCAAGGCGUGCCAUUCUUCAGCCGUGCUUGGUGGCUCGAUAUUCACAUUCGGUGGCCUGGAAGAUCCAGAACAACAUCUUGGACGUGGUAGAGUGCUACAGCGAAGGGUGUGGUUGGGUGAAUACAGCGCUCAAGUCAAUCGGCAGGAGAAGCCAUUGUUCUGCCAUUGUCUACUGAAUUGGUUGCAGAUGCUUUACAGUGGCCCAGCAAGUCUACUUGGUAGUAAUGCAUCAGAAAGUUUCCUAUGUGUACUGAAAACUGGAGUGAGCUCAAUUUGGCAAAAGCCCUUUUUUUUCUGCAAGGGAGGAAACUCUAGUCCCCCUAAUCCAAUUUCAGAGCCCAGUCCGAGCUCCUAUCUUAUCUGAAACAAAAGCAAGAGGCAGCGCAUGGUGAACACCAAAAGUAUUUUGCUCUAGAAUUUUCCCUAGCUUAGGGUUUUCUACCUAACAGUAUCUUCCUAUGAUUACCUUGGUUAUCCAAGAACCAUUUUCUCAAAGUAAACAGCUAGGAGAAGCUUGAAAUGUGGCUAAGGGAGAUGUUUGGAACACAGUUUAAUUAUGAGGAAUAAGUGUAAUAGUGUCUCAGUUUUGUA